GCAGCAGCGGCGGCGGCGGGAGCCAAAGAGGCGGCUCCGGACGCUGGUCAGGAACCGGGGGAACCUGCAGUGCCCACGCCCUGCGCGCUCAGCCCCGGAGACGUCAUGACUGAGUACGGGAGCCUCCUCCAGGACCUGACCAACAACAUCACCCUUGAAGACCUGGAACAGCUCAAGUCUGCCUGCAAGGAGGACAUCCCCAGUGAGAAGAGCGAGGCGAUCACGACCGGCAGCGCCUGGUUCAGCUUCCUGGAGAGCCACAACAAGCUGGACAAAGACAACCUCUCCUACAUCGAGCACAUCUUUGAGAUCUCCCGCCGCCCUGACCUCCUCACUAUGGUGGUGGACUACAGGACUCGUGUGCUGAAGAUCUCCGAGGAGGAUGAGCUGGACACCAAGCUAACUCGUAUCCCCAGUGCCAAGAAGUACAAAGACAUUAUUCGGCAGCCCUCUGAAGAAGAGAUCAUCAAAUUGGCCCCUCCGCCGAAGAAGGCCUGAGCAAA